AUGACGACGAAGAUGAUGAUGAUGUUGGCGCAGACGGCCAGGCUUCGGCGCACAAGGACCGACUGGUGUGUGGACACCCCGAUCAGCUUUGCAGCUGAUAGCAUGUGUUUGGUUUGCAUUGUUUUCCAACUUUGGCUCAACUCGCACUGUCCACGUCGUGGCCGUGUGGUGUUGCUCGGAUGGCAGAAUGGCAAGGAUCGAAGCAACCAAGGAGAGGAUGACGAUGAUGAAGACCAGGAUGCGAUGGACCGGGCCUUGUUUGGCGAGCCAAGUGACGAGGAGGAUGCUCCCCAAGAGCCGGAGGUUCAGACCCUUGUCCGAGAAGAGACGGGCUAUUUGGACCCAUAUCCCAUCGGUACCAACAUUCAGCUUGUUGCUCUUCCCAACUUUAUCAGCAUCGAGUCGAGUGAAUACAACGCCGUUGAGUUUCGGGAGCAGCUGGAGGCCCGGGAGGCCCGGGAAGCAGAGCUGCAGCGAGUGCGCGAGGAGAUUGAAGAGCGCCAGCGGCGAAUUGCUGCGGGUAUUGCCACCAAAGAAGAUCUGGCUGACGAAGAGGAAGGGUCUGGGGAUGAAGAUGCCGAUGAUCAAGUGGAAGCGGCAGAGGGUUCCCAAAAACGACGCAAAAAGCGCUCGCGUCGCCUCAGUCUUUCUGCCCUUGAGGCCGCAAAUGCGGGUCCUGUCGAUGCUUCGGGCCGGAUACGCGUUAAACUUGGCGAUGAACACACGCUGCGAUGGCGCCAGAUUGAGAUGGGUGGCCAGCUGUACAAUGAGAGCAAUGCGCGCUUUGUGCAAUGGGACGACGGCUCGGUCUCCCUUGUAUUGGGUGAUCAGAUUUACGACUGCACGCGCACAGCCCUGACUGAUAACAACAUGCAAUUAUAUGAGAUUGACCGCCGUGGUGUCAUGGCUCGCCACGUGUUUCGCGAACGCGUUGGCUUCAAGCCUGCUGGUUUACGCAACGCAGCCCACGCCCAACUGGCACGCGAGGUGUCGAAGCGCACACACCAAGCGCAAGCCACCAAGCUGCUCUCUGUCCAGGUCGAUCAUGAUGCCGCCAAGGCUGAGGCCAUGAAGCGCGAGGAGGAAGUCAAUCGCCAACGCCGACAACGCGAAAACCAGCUUCGCCGGGCCCAGCGAAAACGGUCGGGCCGUGUGAUGGCCUCGGAUCUGGAAACCAGCCUGCGUGACGACGUACGUGCCAGUCAUAAAUGA